AUGAAAACUGAUCAAGAAACGAACAAUCCACCGAGAUUAAAACCUUUUCGUAUUUUUCGUUUUGCUGAUAUAUGGGAUAUAAUAAUGAUGAUCAUUGGGCUUCUAGCUGCAAUUGCAAGUGGUGCAACAUACCCAUUAAUUUUUUUAGUUUAUCAAAGUGUUAUUGAUUCAUUUGUUUUAAUUGGUCGAAAUCAAACACAAUUGGAUUCAAAUGAAACUGUUGGAUUAGGAUGUCGAAAUCAAACAUCAUCAUCAUUAUCGAUCACUGUAAAUCAAUCACCCUAUGAGAAAAUUCAAUCAGUAAUUAAAUGGUAUCCAAUAUUAGGUGCUUGUUGUUUUGUUCUCUUGUGGAUUGCUUUCACGUGUUGGAUGAUUUCUGCUGAACGACAAGUUCGAAAAAUGAGAUAUGCACUAAUGAAAAAUAUUAUGCGACAAAACAUUGGUUGGUUUGAUUGUCGAUCACCAAGUGAUCUUUCAGUUGGUUUACUUAUUGAUGCAUUAGAUAAUAUUCGUGAAGGUAUUGGUUAUCAGUUAGCUGAUUUCACUGCUCUUCUUGCUCGUGUUACUGGUUGUUUGGUUUAUUCAUUGGCAGUUGGAUGGAAAUUAUCGUUAGUUUUCUUGAGUAUUUCACCAUUGAUUAUUAUCACUUUCAACGUAUCACUUGGUGUGAUGAAAAAGUUUACAAUUCUCGAAGUAGUAGCUUAUAAAAAGGCAAAUGCAAUUGUUGAUGAAGUGAUUUCAGCUAUUCGAACAGUUACUGCAUUCGGAGCUCAAAAGCAUGAAUGUCGAAGAUAUGAACAAAGUUUAACAGAUGCAAAAGAAGCUGGCCUCAAAAGAGGUCUUCUACUUGGAAUUAGUCAAGCAUUUGUUAAUUUGACUAUGUAUGGAGGCAUUGCUUUAAUAUUCUGGUAUGGACCUUAUUUAGCACGUGUUGAAUGUUGGAAUUAUGAUGCUGGUAUUGUUAUUAUCGUCUUUACAGCUUGCCUCUUUGCAACUCAUAGUAUAUCGAUGAUAAUUCCAUAUUUACUUUCUUUCGUCGAAGCUUCGGUUUCUGGUGCCAAAGUUUUUGCAACAAUUGAUCUGAUUUUAAGAAAUUUGAAUCUGAAUUUUGCUUCAGGAAAGACAACAGCUAUUGUUGGUGAAACUGGUUGUGGAAAAAGUACAAUAAUUCAAUUGAUUCAACGUUUUUAUGAUCCUGAUCAAGGAGAAGUUUUAAUCGAUAAUCGAGAUAUUCAUCAAUUAGAUUUGAGUUGGCUUCGAUCGAAUAUUUCUGUUGUUUCUCAAGAGCCAAUUCUUUUCACAGCAACUAUUGCAGAAAAUAUUCGUUUCGGAAAUCUUUCAGCAACUAAUCAACAAAUCGAAGAAGCUGCACAUAUCGCAAAUAUUCAUCAAUUCAUCAUCAACUUACCUGAAGGUUACCACACUUUAAUUCAAUCAGGACGUUUAUCCGGUGGACAAAAACAAAGAAUUGCAAUUGCACGAGCUAUUUUAUCAAAUCCAAAAAUUUUACUUCUCGACGAAGCAACAUCAGCUCUUGAUGCAAAAAAUGAACGUGAAGUACAAAAUGCUCUUAAUCAAGCAUCAAAAGGUCGAACAACAAUUGUUAUUGCUCAUCGUUUAUCGACGAUUCGUCGAGCUGAUCAAAUUAUUGUUCUAGACAAAGGUCAAAUCAGUGAACAAGGUACUCAUGAAGAAUUGAUGGAACGUGGCGGUUAUUAUGCUCAAGCUGUUCAAGCACAACGAAUAACUGAUGUUCGAGAAGAUCAAGAAGAAGAAGAAGAUAAUGAGAACAAUCAAGCAUUCGGUAGGAACUCGAAAGUUCGAUUUCUCAAAAUUUUUCUUUAAGUUUUCUUUGACUUUUUAUUUAAAAUUUGAGAUUUCACUCAGAUGAAACUAAUUCAGCUAAGUUCUUCUCUUAGAAAGUUUGUUUUCUUUCCAAUAAUUCUCGAUUAGGAGUGAGAAUUUAUAGUUACUAAUAACAAUGACAACAACUUCUCACCAUGUCUAACAGUAAGUAAGAGCAAGUUUCUUUGUUCAUAGUAACAUCUGUCAUCAUAUUUAGAUUUCUCAAUAUUGAGAAUCUUUGGUUAAAUCUUCAAAAAAAUUCGAAUCGAUUCACAUUUUAUCGAUUGUAAAGGUGAGAAGAAAAAGAACUUGACAAUUCUCAAGUAUUUGAUAAACUUUUGAAUCACAUUUUCCCGCUUUUAGAAGCAAUAAAAUACGAAUCGAUCCAAAACCUUUUGAAGAUUUAACCAAAGGUUCUCAGACUUGAGGAAUUGACAUCUGAUGACAGAUUUUACAAUGGAUAAAGAAACUUGUUCCUACUUACUACUAUGCAUGAUGAGAAGUUAUUGUUAUUUUUAUUAACAACCAUAACUUUUCUCACUCCUAUUCUUGAUUUUUUUUACUUGUCACAUCGUAAUAUUGAACAAUUACGAGAUGUUACAAAUUUAUUUACAGUACAAUAAUAAGAGCGUCGAAGUUCUGCUCUCGGCGAAUUAAAAGAACGAUUUGUAUGAGACGAUAAGAAAAGAUUAUUGAAGAAAAUUGAAGAUUUCUUGUGUUUGUUUUCUUUCAUGUUCGAAUAAAAAUUGGAAGAAAAGUUCAUGUUAAAAAAAAAGAUUUUUGAAUAUUUGAAUAUCGAUUCUGAUUAUUUUUAGGUUAUUUACAACGACAAGAUUCUCAAUAUUCGAUUCGAUCUGAAACAUCUUUACUAGAUAAUAAUGAUGCAAAUCUAAAGAACAAUUUACCCAUCCAAUCGAAAUGUUGUCGAAAGCCUUUCUUUUUACGAGUCCUCGCUCUCAAUUCGCCCGAAUGGUUUUCGAUCUUCAU